UAAUAUCUCUAUGUUUCCACCACAGUGUUACAUGAUCAGGUCUAUGAUAUUCACCGCACAGCUUUCCAUCUCAUUCGAUCCUCUCCCGCCUCUUCUUCUCUUCACAGGAAUUCGCACCAUAGACUCCGCACUCCAAUGAAAUAGAAUUCAAUGAUCUGCACAAGCGCGAGAGUUCCCCAUAUGGGCGACCAUAUUGAAUUCCCGGGCUUCAUUCACGUCCCAUUGCUUCACUCUCUACUGCCUAUACCUGUCUUAAAAAUCUCCAUAAAAUAUCAGAUACAACAAUAGAUACUGAUAUUUAACAAUUAUAUUUGAUAAGUAACUAUUACAUGUAUUAAUCCCGCGAACGUAUGAAUUUCUAUAUACUUACCUAUUUUCUGUAAUCGAUAAAAGUGUUUAACAACUGAAAAUGCUAUAUACCAUCCUAAUGCGGAUUACAUAUUCACAUUGUUUUACAUACAUACAAUAAUGUACCAAACAUUAAGUACUAUAAAGCAAUAAUUGUAUGUAGUAGUUUUUUAUCAAAUAAAAUUGUUGAACAACACUAUGUAUUGUUGUAUUUGAUAUUUUACGGUGCUUACGGUGAGGAAAGAUCGUGGUUUACGAAGAGAAAUGUAUGAAUUGACCUGAAACUUAUGGCAAUAAAAAAGGUCUAGCAGCUACUUAAAGCUGCACAGCGGGUGGUGGACGAUAGACCGAUACUUUCGCACUCGUCUGAGGAAGAUGUUCUGAGGACCCCAUGCUUUUACAUGGCUUUCCCUAUACCUUCAACUUUCUACUACGACACUGUAUCUUACGGCAGAGGCGUCUUUCGAGAACAAAAUUUCGCCGGAAGAUACGUAAGAGCCUUCUUACGUUACGAUUGGGUAGAUUCGCCCUAUCCCCACGUCUACCAUAUCCAGUUGCCACACCACAGUAGUGCACCUCCUGUCAACCCCGCAUUAAAUUCGCUGUAACAAUGAGCCAACAGCAUGAGGAUAAGCACGCAACCGCUCGGCUCGGCUCGUCGGAGUCGGAGGCUCGGAGUUCAGUUGAAUUUCGUCCGGCGGGGAUGGAUAGUGAAGAAAUGAGGGAUUUCGAAGGAUUCGUCCAAGUGAAACGGAGAUUUCCUUCAACUUUUCCCUGUUUUCUAUUGUUUGAAUACCCGACGAAGGAUGCAUCGACUGGCUUCGAUUAUAAUGAAUGGAAGCAAGAGUCGUUAAAUUGGGCAAAUUAAAAGAGAGGAGACGGACGUGAUGGGGAGGUUAAAAUGAUCGGUCAUUGUGUUGCGUUGGUGUUGCUGAUCCUAAUCAUAAUGAUUGGUGAUCUGAGCUCGGUGACGAUCGUCGAUCACCAUCCAGACGAAGAAUACUAUUUGGAGCAUGAGGUCAGUUACGACGAAGCCAUUCGCCACGCGAAAGACAUGCAAAUUUACCCUGGUCCAGUUCCUGGGUGCAAGCUGUGCACGAGGACAGAAAUGAGUUACUGCGAGGAUAGUAGCGUUAUAAAUGAUCACUGCUGCUGCGACGGCAGUUUCAACGAGGUGUUCCCGUUUGUAAAGCACUCGUGUCAGCUCGGCCCUCAGGAAUGCAAGGUAUUAAUCGGCGACUGCGCCGAGUAUGCUAGGUUGAGGGAGUGCUGCUGCCACAAUUACUUGGCGUCCCUCUGGAAGCAUUUGGCGAACGACGCGACUUCGAAACACAGUUACGACAAUAACGUACCAAUAGUUACCGUCAAGUUCCUGUUGACAGCUUUAGCGGCUCUCAGGUUCCUCCGAUAGGAAACAUUUAUGACUAAAAGUAAUGUUAAGAUAAAAUUAUCACAACACGAAUUUUUCUGAGUGAGUGUAAAAGAGGAUGGAAUUCUGAGCAAAAAGAUUAUUUCCCAUUUUUCUCUAGGUUAUUAACGAAAAAUGUGUGGUUCAAUCCCGUUCAAAGGGGCGAAGCCUACCACACUUCUCCGUUACUAACUUCGUCAAUAAUAAUUGUAGAGAGAAAUGUGAAAGGAACUUUCGACUUAGAAUUUAAUCCUCUUUCACAUUAUCAGAGGAAAAUUAUACGCUCCGUGUGCAUAUAGUAUAUUAUAUUAUUGUACACAAAUAUUUGCUAAAUUUCCGAACACCCUCAUGCUCCGAAUUGGCUGAAAUUUUGGAAAUAGGUUCUUUUCUAAUGAAAAAUAAUGAUUGCGAGAAGGAUUUUGGGCAAUUCGAAAGAAAAAUCUGUACCAUUUCACAGUCAUUUCCUAUGUUACCGACACAAUCGUGACCGUGGGCUUGUACUUUGCUUUUAAAGAAAUCUAUAGAAAUUUUUACAUAAAAUUUACAGUUUUGUAAAAAUAAUAGAAUGUAUAAAUACAAAAGUAUAAUUGUAAAAUAAGGCAGGGUAAAUCUUUCGACGUAAAUUCAAAUCCCCAGGCUGGGACACAUUUUUAGUGACAACACAAAUUUUUUUUCCUUUCUACUAACGUUAAGACUCCCCAAAGAAUUCUUAGCGACUACCUCGUAAGGAUGCAUUUCGAAAAUACUGAACACAAAUACAUUUAUAGUGAUAAUGUAGUACAUAGAAAGGCUUACCUUAGUUAAAUAAUAAACAUAAUAAUUGUAUGUAUUAUAUGCGGGUGAAAUACUAUGGUCAUAUUUCCCUGAUUUGUAACCCCGACAAUAGCCCGAGGAUUCUCUGCUCUCAAUGUAUAUCAUACUCUUUUUAUGCUUUCUAAACCAUCUUUCUCUCGAAAUUAGUUUCAUUUCUCUUAACCAUUCAAUGCCGCCGUCAAAGUUACUGAAUCUCGUACUCAUAACUGAAAACAGCAAAUCCUCUAACUCGCUUUUAAAGCUAUGGCGUAUUCCCGCGGUAAUGACUUCCUCGGUAAAAGAGGCAAUGACACUCAAAUAGUAAUAUUUUUUUUCGAGUCGUUAAAUAUCCUUCUCGCAAUCAUGAUUUUAGUAAAAAAAAGAACUUAUUUCCAAAAUUUCAGCCAUUUCAGAGCAUGGGAGUUUUUGAAAAUACAGUUCAAAUAUUUAUAUAAUCGUCUAUUUUAGGUAAAUAAUCGGAAAAAUUGUACUUGUAUUAAGUGAAAUGUAGCUUUUCGAAACGAUUUUUAUAGUUGUUGUAUAUAAAUAUUUAUAUACAUAAGUAAUGGCGUAUUUAAUCUAACGAUAAAUGAGCCGUUCAGUGUACACAUCGAUUAACUCCACUUUUUGAAAAAUCUUAAAUUUAUGUAUCAAAGCACUUGGUAUAGUCAUAACUUGUGCUUUGAUACAUAAAUUUAAGAUUUUUCAAAAAGUGGAGUUAAUCGAUGUGUUCAAUGAAAGGCUCAAAUAUGCUCUUAA